AUGCGAGGCCUCACUGCUACACUGCCAUCAGAUGGACCUUAUUUUGUUGUCUAUCGGCUUGGACUGAUGACAGUAUACAAGGAUCACCCUGAAGGGAUUGCACUGGGUAUCUAUACAGAGCCCUUCCCAAUUGUCUUGAAGCUACAUAAGCUUGCUGAAGUCGAGGAAGCAGUCACCUUGCAGGCUGUCUUUGAUGAUGAGCACGCACACCUAGAGGGCCUCUUGGAUACACUACAGAACUCGCAUGAGGUUAGGAACACUAUGAAGAAAUUUGUAGACUUGCGCUACUACGCCGUGGGACGAGGUAAAAAUACUGGUAUCUAUCUAAGAUGGGAUGGCCGCAACGAAGCAAAGGAGCAGAUCCUGGGCUUCUGUCAGCAGAAGCACAAAUUGUUCUUGGUCCUUGCUGAUGCUCUUGUGUACUAUAUGUGCAAAGGACCUCGUCCAGAGCCUGUGAAGCUAGCAUUAUCAAGUCAGAGAUCGGGCAUGCCAAGGACCGUACAGGCAAGUCAGACAUCGAGUAUGCAGAGCACAAUGCAGGCUGGUGGAACAUUGACUGGGCAGAGUAUAGCGUGGGCACCAACACAAGUUGUGACACCUCACUCUCCUGCCGCUGCUCAACCCUCGACAGGUCAUUUGGGAGUCAACAUACCUGUGUCCAUAAUGGCAAGCUUAAGGCUCGGUGAGAAUAGCCAUGGCACGCCUGCUUUACCUUCGACCCCACCUCGCAGCCCAUUGGUCACUGUCUCCUCCACACCUGUCAGUUCUUCUCCAGCAUUCCGGAACGCUGCUAUGUGCUCUCCGAUCUCUAUCGCUGUCUCGACAUCCCAUCAUGGCACUUCAACUAGUUCUUCUCCGCGCCUGCAGGAGCGCUUCAGUUCUCACAAUAUUGAGUACUACCACCAGGAGGUCAUGCAGCGCUCUCACCUUGUCUCAUUGAAGAGGAAAGUGAGCCGCUGGAAUGUCUUCCAGUGCAUGGAGGUUCAGUGCAUGAACCAAGCCCUACCAGCAGGUACACUGCACAAGAAAGCUUCUGCGUACAUGGCGGAGAUAUCGGCAACAUGGAAUGUCAUGAGCGAAGCUGACAAGUUGAAGGCGACAGCCAAGCAUAACGCCCCCAUCAACGUGUUCCAUGAUGCUCGUUCUACUCUCAACAACAUAUCUCGUGAGCUCGAAGGCUUAAGUCAACGUACCGGCACUGAGACUAAUGAUUGCCUUCCUGAGUACUUUUACCUGAAGACAAAGACCGACAUCCUGACAUUUGCCAUCAAGAUGGAAUCCUACGGCAUCUCCGGCAUGGAAGGAGUUGUGAUGAAUCAUGUCGAGGAGAUACUCGACCUCAAGUGGAGGAUAAGUGCAUUGAUUAUUCAGAAGCUCCAUGAGUGUUAUAUAAUAUCUAUGUUCUGUAUGAGACUGAUGAAGAUUACAGAGGAUAUCUCUCCAUUAAAAAUCUCGAAAAUGUAUUACAAAGGUUUUGAGAAGAGGAUAACGGCUCGCUAUCGCAUUACCGUCGUCAACUGGCCACUCAAAGAGUUCAAGAGCCCUGGGGAUAUCUCCCACAAGGGUGACCUGCAGCUCCUGUAUCGUGCAUGGGAGAGCAGCACGACACACUUCAAGCUUCUCAGCAAUGAGGAACACAAGAAGUGGGAGGAGGAACAAUUUCAAGAAAGAAUGUGGGAGAUGCAUGGGCCGACAGCUGAGGAUGAGGGCGAGGAGGAUGAGCUGAACGGUGUGUUACCCACAUCCCCUGUGCAGUCACCUGCACCCGAGUCCACCACAUCCAACAGUGAGCCAAUUGACGAUAAUGUCAGGGCUACGAUGACCAUCAAUGAAGGGGCUGGGUCUGCAAAUAACGAUACCUCAUCCCCUUCCUCUGCAGCAUUGAUCGUGGGUCAGGGUGCAUCCAGUCAGAUGUCCUCCAGCGCAAAAUGUCAUGCACCAGCCAAUGGUGCAGGAGUGCACAAGAAGGCCAAGACCAUCCAGCCUCUCAGCAGCUUCAUCAACAUUGUCACAGGUGCUGACGGCAACCCCCUCACAGUUCAGAAGAAGACUCGCAAGGAGUGUUCGGACAAAGGCAUGAAGAAGGGGCCGAGGAAGAAGCAAGCCGCCGGCAAUGAGAACACGAACCCAUCUUCGACCGCCACCUCUGAACCUGCCCCACCCGUCUCUGUCCCUUUCACAUUGGCUGCCUCUCCUCAUCGUCCCUCCACUCAUCGCCGUCAUGUUCCCCCUGCCUUGGCCUCUGCCUGCAAUACUACCUCUGCACCUGUCGUUGCCUCGCCUACUGCCACUGGCCCUACCAUUCCCAUCCCUGCAGCUGCUGCCACCACACCCGGUACUCCUUCCACCUUUGCACCCGGUGGUGCUCCUUCCCCCUUCGUGCCUGAUGCUCCUUCCACAUUCACGCCUGGUGAUGCCCCUUCCACCUUCGUACUGAGCUCUCCUUCCACCUUCGUGCCGAGCUCUCCUUCCAUCUUCGUGCCUGGUGCUCCUGCCACCUCCGCGCCCAGUGCUCCUGCCACCUCCGCCCUCAGUGCUCCUUCCAUCUUUGUGCCUGGUGCUCCUUCCAUCUUUGCACCCGGUGCUCCUACCACCUCCGUGCCCAGUGCUCCUGCCACCUCCGCGCCCGGUGCUCCUGCCACCUCCGUGCCCAGUGCUUCUGCCACCUCCGCGCCCGGUGCUCCUGCCACCUUCGCACCCGGCAUCUCUACUCCUUUUGUGUUCGUGCCGGCUGGCCCUGCUCCCUCGCCCUUCGUAACUGAUGCAUCUCCAUUGCUAAAUAUAUAG